GUCAAAAAUCUUUGGCGUUGGAUACAGCUAUUGGAAAGUGGCAGCUGCUGUUUGCUGAAAAGCAGUGGCCGUUGGUUGAUCACUGGUGCCAGUUCUUACAGAUUCUAUAAGAUUUCUUCUCCUUGCAAGCCGACCUUGAAAGUCCCUGUGUCGUGACUACCAGAUGGCGGAAGAGGCAAAUUCCUUGGAGUAUACACCGACAUGGGUAGUCGCUGUUGUCUGCUUUGUCAUCGUUCUAAUGUCUCUUCUCGCUGAACGUGCUCUCCAUAAACUGGGAAAGUUGUUGCAGAAAAAGAAACAAGAAGCAUUAUUUCAAGCCCUGCAAAAACUAAAAGAAGAAUUAAUGCUUUUGGGGUUCAUCUCCCUUCUAUUGACAGUUACUCAGAAUGCAAUAAGUCGCAUUUGCAUUCCGCCUCAUUUGGCAAACGUAAUGCUUCCAUGUAAGAAGGAAAUCGAGAGCAGCAAUCAAGAAGAACAUUAUCAGCACAACAAGCGGCAUUUGUUGUCUGCCAGUAAAAAUGCAGCUCUCUGUGUUCAUGGGGGUAAGGUUCAGCUGUUUUCAUUGGAAGCAUUGCACCAGCUGCACAUUUUCAUCUUUGUUUUAGCAGUCGUGCAUGUCAUAUUCUGUGCCAGUACAAUGGUUCUUGGUGGGGCAAGGAUACGGCAAUGGAAGACGUGGGAGAAAUCACUUCAGAAUUCAAAACCGGAAGAUCAAACUAAGCCUGUCCAUGAACACCACCAUCAUUUGUUCCUUGAGAUACACGCUAAAGGAUAUUGGAGAAAGGCAGCUGUUGUUAGUUGGUUGAUAUCAUUCUUCAAACAUUUUCUUGGCUCUAUUACCAAGUCGGACUACAUCGCACUUCGGCAGGGAUUUAUCACAGAACACUGUCCUCAUCUCCCUCAUUUUGAUUUUCAUGAAUACAUUCUGCGGACACUUGAAAUAGAUUUCAAAAAGAUAGUCGGAAUAAGCUGGUACCUGUGGCUCUUCGUCGUGAUGUUUUUGCUGCUGAACGUGGAAGGGUGGCACACAUAUUUCUGGCUGGCCUUUUUGCCUUUAGGAGUUCUGCUUGUUGUGGGUAGUAAGCUUGAACACAUAAUAACGUGCAUGGCUCAGGAGGCUGAGGUGAAGAUGCAGAAUAAGGAAGUGAAACCGUCUGAUGCACACUUCUGGUUUCACAAACCUGUCAUUAUACUGCACUUAAUUCAUUUCAUUCUGUUUCAGAACUCUUUCGAGAUAGCCUUUUUCUUUUGGAUUUGGUGCACAUACGGAUUCAGAUCAUGCAUCAUGGAGAAACUGGGCUACAUCAUUCCAAGACUUAUCAUGGGCUUGAUUGUUCAAGUGCUCUGCAGUUACAGCACUCUGCCUUUGUACGCUCUAGUCUCCCAGAUGGGUAGCAACUACAAGAGAAGCAUGUUUUCUACUCACAUGCAAUCAGCGUUAGGUCGAUGGGCGCAAUCCGAUAAGUGCACCACAGAAUCCUCUCAGACUGCUCCCCAGGAAAUGCUCAUCCCACAACCAACUCUACAAUCUGUUUCUCAACUUCCUUAAUAUUAUGCUUCUUUUUUUCUAUAUAUGUACAAAACUCAUUUUUAUUUAUUUCUUCUUCUUUUGUU